CGUGGCGACAGGAUGGCUGUGAAUAAUAUCGGGAUGAAUGAAUGAGAAGAUGCAGCACCAAAAUCCAUGGUUGGGUCAGACUACACGAUCCUCUGCGGUCGUUUGGAGAUUUACCUCCGCAACUCGUGGAUUCCCAUCAAAGCCACCCUUAAAACAGACACGCUUGCGAUUGAAUUGGAAUGUAGCCCGAACCGGGGGAGUGGAUCUCAGGAAUUCCUAUUUUUCUAUCCAUCAGAUGAAAACAUAUCGUCUGCUAAACGUUUGGUUCGAAUCACAAAAGAAGAACUCCACGGAUUAGGGAUCAGUAUAAAGGGUGGCAGAGAAAACAAAACACCAAUAUUAAUUAGCAAGAUUUUCAAAGGAAUGGCUGCCGAGCAGACCGGGCAGUUGAACGUCGGUGACGCGAUCCUCAGUGUGAACGGUGAAGAUCUACGAAACAGUACACACGAUGAGGCAGUCAAAGCUCUGAAACGCGCGGGGAGGAUAGUUGAUCUGGAAGUAAAACACAUGCACGAAGUCACACCAUUCUUUAGAAGGGCUGUUGGAAUGGAGAGCAUCACCUGCUCAGCGGAUUUGAGCUGGCCAACCACCUCUGGCUUUGGCGCUUCCGAAGAACUCUCGAACCACGUUGAUGGGCUCAAUAAGUCGUCCUCUGCCACAGGAACUAUCGAGCGAAGUGUAACUGGUCCUGGCAUCGUACCGCUAAGAUUGGCCCACCUCUGUCGUGGACUCACUCUACCCGAUGUGAAUGGGUGUUGUUUCGAACUGCACAGCCCGGACGGUCGAAGAUCCUGUCUUCUUCGAGCACCAGAUCCUCAAGAAGCUCGUAACUGGUUCCAAACACUUCAUGCACGAAUGAGAGCGUUGAACGAUGAGUACCUGGCUGAGUUAAAUGGCCUUCUUCCGGCGACGCAGGAACUGAAACAACUCGAUUGGCUGGUUGAACUUCGAGUUAGUGGAGCCAUUCCAUUCACCGACCUUGCUGACCAACCUGGGGAACGCUAUGAUGUCACUGGCAAUCCGGUGCCCAUCACUUCCACAUCGACCUUGGUCCAUACUACGUGGAAACCCGUGUUUGCGGCGCUUUCUGAUCGUGAUUUGUUGCUCUACGAUACCGCACCGACUACAAAGGAGGAAUGGGCUAAUCCUUCACAAGCGCAUCCACUAAUUGCCACUCGACUUGUUCGCACGGCGGAACACCACAACGGAACCGGUGAAAGCGACAAUCCCAAGUUUGCUCCCCAGCCACCCGGGGAUAUGCUCACUUUCUCAACCAGAACAGGAAGCAAGCACGGUGUCGAAACUCACACGUUUGCCGUACUGACAGCGGGUGACUGGAAUAUCUGGUGCCAAUCUAUCAUUGACGGUGCUCACAUGGCUGUGGCUGCUGCACGAGAAGUUGUUAUCACCUGUCGCUGGCAAAGAAAAGAUUGUCGCCUGGCCCUAAACUACGACAAUGGAAUAACGCUAUCUUCACGAAACUCCGUCAACGAUUACGGCACGCAAACCAGCACCACAAACGGAACACAGAGGUCAAAUCAGAUAAUGUGGCACUUUCCAUACGAACGACUGCGCUCGACUGCGGAUGACGGCCGUAGUCUUUUGUGGAUCGAUUUUGGUUCCGAAGGAGAAGUUGAACUGGAUAUGCUUGGGUGCCCAAAACCCGUGGUCUUCAUCCUCCACAAUAUACUGUCGGCCAAAGUGGCCCGGCGAGGCCUCGGCUACAAAGCAUACUAAGAGUCGUGAUCACGUCGGGGCUGCACAGGCUCCAAGCUGGAACGAAAUCCGAUCACCAGUCACUCGAAAUCAGUAACAUAUGUGAUAAAACGACUCGCAUCUGCAUUUUGCUCUCAUUCAACGGUGUGAAACAGAAUAUUUAAUACUAGCUAUAACCUAUAAUCAAAACAUUCCGUUUUUUCAUAUUUAGUACAUCACGAGUCACUUUGGAUAACGGCUGAAAACGGCGACACUUCGUAAUAACCAACAUUGUUUUUGACUGUCUUUACAGAUAAAACGUCUUCUCUUACUUGACCAUCCUCCUCGAUACCCAGUCGUCCCCAUUUCAUUUGUUGUUGGCAUUAUCCUUGUUGCUGACUAAUCAACCACUCCACCGAUAUAUUGUUUCCUUCCAGUGAAUGGCCACUCGUUUGUAUAUUUAACUGUUUGCUGUCCACAUUUUUGGGCUUGAUUUUUUAACGCUGAUGUGCGUAAUUGUGAUUUUUUUUAGUAAUUAUUAUACUUUUAUUCGUUUCUCUCAUCUGAACAGAAUGCA